AUGUUAAAAGCAAUUACUUUGUCCGUUGUAAUUCUACUGAUCUGUGGUGGUCUGGUAUCAGCCAAUUACGACCCUGAUGAUGAUGCAUUUGUGAAGCUAUUUUGCGACCCUGGUAAAACAGACGCCUCUAUUAUUGGUAAAAUAAUUGACUGCGAAAAUAAUUACAAAAAAGUCCUAUCGGCAGAUCUGAACGCCCUCCGCAAUAAGCUUGAUAAGAUUAGUCACGAGAAAUGCCUAAAAAAGGCUGGUGAUGUGAGCGCGUUUAAAAAAGUAGACUUGACCAAAACCGAGUAUAAGACCAUAUUGAUUGAGAGGUGCGAUGAGGGUUACGAUAAAUGCGUUUUGGACUUGAUCAAAAAUAAUACAAAAUUCCACCAGGAUGUUCAAACAGCGUUAAAGCAGCGAAACCAACAGGAAUUUAAAAAAUUACUGCUAAUGAUAACGGGUUCUGUGGCCUCGUCUACAUUAAAAGCUAGCAAUUCCGAGAAUCAAUUAUUUGGUAACAGUAUUGGCGCAGCGGUUGGCGUAUUGUUGGGCUCUUUAGUUAGUCUAUCAAUAUCUGCCCGAGAUGUAUCGGCCCGUCUAUUCCUAUUGCUUAUGGGUUAUCAUAACGAUAGCCCAUUCGCGCCCCUUAAUGGCCUGUAUUGGCUCAUCGGUGGCAUUAUUGGCCCCCAUUUUGGUGAGUUUGAAAAGAUAUUCUGUAACCCGGAUAAAACGGAUUCGAUCAUGGUGACCAAGGUUAUUGAAUGCCAUGAUAAACAUGAGAAAUCACAAUCGGCCGAACUAAAAGCCCUUGAUAAAAAAAUUGAAAAGGCUUGUUUAAAGCAAUGCAGUGGAAAGUCGGGUGAUAUGAGUGCCUAUAAAAAGGUAGAUUUGACCAAGGUGGAUUUAAAGGAUAUGCUUAUUGAAGAAUGCGACCCUGGUUACUAUAAAUAUAAAACAGAUUCAGCUAAAGUGAUCAUGGUCAAUGAAUGCGAAGACAAAUACAGAAGUACCAUGACAGCCGAAGCUAAAGCUCUUGCUAUUAAAAUUGAGCAGGUUUUUCAUAAGAAUUGUUUGGGAAAAGUCGGUGACAUGAGCAAGUUCACAAAGAAUAUUCUGGAUUCUGAAGAAUUGGAUCAAAUAGAAGACACCGAAGAGAAGACAAUAGAAAACAGAGUGGAAAACAUUGAAAAAUUGUUACAAACUCUUAUUAGUGAGAAAAACACAACCAAACGUUAUGUCAAACAUAAGGCCAAUUACCAGAACAGGUCCACAACUCACCACAACAGGUCGACAGCUCACCAAAACAGGCCAUUCACCAAACGGUUCAGGAAUUCAAAUGGUUUUUCGCCAGAAAAUGACCGAAGAAAUGACAGACAUUCACGAAAUACGGACCAUUUUUUAGGCGAUCGAAACCAACAGUACAUAAUGAUCCCAAAUACAGGUCAGAGGUAUGUGCCGACAAUUCCGGUACACGUGUCUCAGCCAACACCACAACUACAACCAAUACAACAAUUCAUGCAAUAA